UUUGCAGCGGCCGCGGGCGCCCAGGGAAGCGGUGGCGGCGGUGAGACAAGCAGGCCGCGGGCGACCGGCGCCUGGGAGGCGGCCGCGGCGGAGGCAGCGGGCCGAGGCCGCGUCCAUGGGCCCGCGGCGGCCGGGCGGAGGCGGCCGUGCGGGCGGGCGCGGAGCGGCGCGCUCUCUGUGAGGCCGAAGCGAGCAGGCGGCGCGCGGCGAGCCGGCGGAGAGGCCGGGCCGGGCCUGCGGCGGCCGGCUGGAGAUGCGGCGGCGGCCGCGCUGAGCCCCGAGCCCCGGGAGCGCGCCGGGCCGGGCCGCGCCGCCGCCGCCGCGCCGACGAUGUCGGCGACUAAGGAGAAUCCGUGCAGGAAAUUCCAGGCCAACAUCUUCAACAAGAGUAAGUGUCAGAACUGCUUCAAGCCCCGUGAGUCGCAUCUGCUCAACGACGAAGACCUGACGCAGGCAAAACCCAUUUAUGGUGGCUGGCUUCUCCUGGCUCCAGAUGGGACUGACUUUGACAACCCCGUGCACCGGUCUCGGAAAUGGCAGCGACGGUUCUUUAUCCUUUACGAGCACGGCCUCUUGCGUUAUGCCCUGGAUGAGAUGCCCACCACCCUUCCACAGGGCACCAUCAACAUGAACCAGUGCACAGACGUGGUGGAUGGGGAGGGCCGCACCGGGCAGAAAUUCUCCCUCUGUAUUCUGACGCCUGAGAAGGAGCAUUUCAUCAGGGCAGAGACCAAGGAGAUCAUCAGCGGGUGGCUAGAGAUGCUUAUGGUCUAUCCCAGGACCAAUAAGCAGAACCAAAAGAAGAAACGGAAAGUGGAGCCACCCACCCCACAGGAGCCCGGGCCUGCCAAGGUGACUGUUACAAGCAGUAGCAGCAGCAGCAUCCCCAGUGCAGAGAAAGUCCCCACCACCAAGUCCACACUCUGGCAGGAAGAAAUGAGGGCCAAGGACCAACCUGAUGGGAGCAGCAUGAGUCCUGCUCAGAGCCCCAACCAGAGUCAGCCUCCUGCUGCUACCUCCCUGCGGGAACCAGGGUUAGAGAGCAAAGAAGAGGACAGCACCAUGAGUGGUGACCGUCUGGACUGCAGCCGCAAGGUGCGGGUAGAGAGCGGUUACUUCUCCCUGGAGAAGGCCAAGCAGGACCUGAAAGUGGAGGAGCAGCUGCCUCUGCCGCUCUCCCCGCCCAGCCCCAGCACCCCUAACAGCAGGAGGUCACAGGUAAUUGAGAAAUUCGAGGCCUUGGACAUUGAGAAAGCAGAGCACAUGGAGACCAACACAUCGGCCAUGCCUUCCCCAUCAAGCGAUACUCGCCAGGGCCGCAGUGAGAAGAGGGCCUUCCCUAGGAAGCGGGACUUCACCAGCGAAGCCCCCACAGUUGCUCUCUCAGAUGCCUCGGCCUCCCCCCUGUCUCCACACCGAAGAGCCAAGUCACUGGACAGGAGGUCCACGGAGUCCUCCAUGACGCCUGACCUGCUGAAUUUCAAGAAAGGCUGGCUGACCAAGCAGUAUGAGGAUGGCCAGUGGAAGAAGCAUUGGUUUGUUCUGGCUGAUCAGAGCCUAAGAUACUACAGGGACUCUGUGGCUGAGGAGGCAGCUGACUUAGAUGGGGAAAUUGACUUGUCCACAUGUUACGACGUCACAGAAUAUCCAGUCCAGAGAAACUAUGGCUUCCAGAUACAUACAAAGGAAGGUGAGUUCACCCUGUCAGCCAUGACGUCUGGAAUCCGUCGGAACUGGAUUCAGACCAUCAUGAAGCAUGUGCACCCAACAACUGCCCCGGAUGUGACCAGCUCAUUGCCUGAGGAAAAGAACAAGAGCAGCUCAUCUUUUGAGACAUGCUCAAGGCCACAUGAGAAGCAAGAAGCAGAUCCUGUAGAGCCAGAUCCUGAACAGAAGAGAAGCCGUGCUAGGGAGCGGAGGCGGGAGGGCCGCUCCAAGACAUUUGACUGGGCUGAGUUCCGCCCCAUCCAGCAGGCCUUGGCUCAGGAGAGGGCCAGUGCCAUGGGCCCCGCUGACACACGUGACUCUGGGCAUCUUGAAGUGGAGCCAGGUGAGCUGGAGCGGGAACGGGCUCGGCGGCGGGAAGAGCGCCGCAAGCGCUUUGGGAUGCUGGACACCAUGGAUGGAUCCAGCACUGAGGAUGCAGCCCUACGCAUGGAGGUUGACCGGAGCCCGGGGCUGCUAGGGACCACUGACCUCAAGACACAGAAUGUCCAUGUGGAAAUCGAGCAGCGGUGGCAUCAAGUGGAGACCACCCCUCUCCGGGAGGAAAAACAGGUGCCCAUCACCCCUCUGCACCUAUCCUCUGAGGAUGGAAGUGACCAGCUGUCUGCACAUGAGCUGACCUCUCUGCUGGAGAAGGAGCUGGAGCAGAGCCAGAAAGAGGCCUCGGACCUCCUGGAGCAGAACCGGCUCUUGCAGGACCAGCUGAGGGUGGCCCUGGGCCGAGAACAGAGUGCCCGAGAGGGCUACGUGCUACAGACUGAAGUGGCCACUUCCCCGUCGGGUGCCUGGCAGAGGCUCCAUAGAGUCAACCAAGACCUCCAAAAUGAGCUGGAAGCCCAGUGCCAGCGACAGGAGCUGAUCACACAGCAGAUUCAGACCCUGAAACGUAGCUAUGGGGAGGCCAAGGAUGCGAUCCGGCACCACGAGGCCGAGAUCCGGAGCCUGCAGGCAAGGCUCAGCAAUGCCGCUGCCGAGCUGGCCAUCAAAGAGCAGGCACUGGCCAAGCUCAAGGGCGAGCUGAAGCUGGAGCAGGGCAGGGUCCGUGAGCAGCUGGAGGAGCGGCAGCACAGUGAGGCUGCACUAAGUGGUCAGCUGAGGGCCAGUGAGCAGAAGCUGAAGAGCGCCGAGGCCCUGCUGCUAGAGAAGACACAGGAGUUGCGGGACCUAGAGAUGCAGCAGGCACUACAGCGUGACCGGCAGAAGGAGGUGCAGAGGCUGCAGGACCGCAUUGCUGACCUCAGCCAACAGCUGGGUGCCAGUGAGCAGGCCCAGCGGCUGAUGGAGGAGAAGUUGCAGAGGAACUAUGCUCUGCUGCUGGAGAGUUGUGAAGAGGAGAAGCAGGCACUACUGCAAAACCUGAAGGAGGUAGAAGACAAGGCCAUUGCCUAUGAGGACCAGUUGCAGGGCCAUGCACAGCAGGUAGAGGCCCUCCAGAAAGAGAAGCUGAGUGCCACAUGUGAGGGCAGUGAGCAAGUGCACCAGCUAGAGGAGCAGCUGGAAGCCCGGGAGGCCAGCAUCCGUCAGCUAGCUCAGCAUGUGCAGGGACUCCGUGAUGAGCGGGAUCUCAUCAGGCAGCGGUUCCAGGACCUGAUGGAGCGUGUGGCUACUUCUGACGGGGAUGUGGCUGAGCUCCAGGAGAAGCUGAGGGGAAGAGAGGCCGACUAUCAGAGCCUGGAGCACUCACACCGCAAGGUCUCUGGCCAGCUGCAGAGCAUGCAUACUCUGCUGAGAGAGAAGGAAGAAGAGCUAAAGCACAUCAAGGAAGUUCAUGAGAGAGUUCUAGAAAAGAAAGAUCAGGACCUCAAUGAGGCUUUGGUUAAAAUGGUUGCCCUAGGGAGCAGCUUAGAAGAGACAGAAAUUAAACUGCAGGCAAAGGAAGAGAUUCUAAGGAAAUUUACAAAUGAGUCUCCAAAGGAGGUAGAAAAGCCACGGAGCACUCCAGAGGAACCAGAGGAGGAUGGUGUUUUGCUCUUGGGCCAGCAGCCCCCAGCUGCCGAGGCACCACCAGUCUUUCCCCAUACACAAGUGGAGGACGAGGAUGCAGGUGCUGGCUUACGGGAGGAGUGUGCCAGUGGAAGCCCUGGCAGAGAAGAGCGUGCUGUGCCUCCAAAGUCCGUGGAAGUGCCUGACAGGGAGGGUCAUCUGCAGAGCACAACCAAGCCUGACCAGGGAACCCCUGGUGUUAAAAGGCAAAGAAUCCGGUUCUCCACAAUCCAGUGCCAAAGAUACAUCCACUCUGAGGGGUCUGAGAAGACCUGGACCAGCAGCACAUCAUCAGAUACCAGUCAGGACCAGUCUCCUUCAGAGGAGAGCAUAUCCUCAGAGGCAGCCCCCAUCACACUGCCAGCAGCAGGAGACUCUGAGACAUACCUCUCCAUAAUCCACUCCUUAGAGACCAAGCUCUACAUCACAGAGGAGAAGCUCAAGGACGUGACUGUGAGGCUGGAGAGCCAACAGGGCCAGAGCCGAGAGGCACUGCUUGCACUGCACCACCAGUGGGCCGGCGCUGAGGCACAGCUCCGUGAGCAGCUCCGCACUACCUUGCUGCAGGUGGGUGCGCUGGCUUCCCAGCUGGAGCAGGAAAGGCAGGAGAGGGCCACAAGCAUCGAAAACCAUGUGGGGGAGCUCGGAGACUUCCAGGCAAAAAACAGCCAGGCUCUGACAUGCUUAGAAAACUGCCGGGAGCAGCUAAGGUCUCUGCCGAGGACUGGCCAAGAGGACGAACAGGAUGCAUGUGCAGUGUCCCUGGCCAGUGUAGAGACUGUGCUCAUGAGUGCCAUCAAGGCUCUGCGGCCCUGGGCAACCCCUGCAGAGAGUGGGGCCCAGGCUCGCGGUGAGGAGAGGGAGAUGGCUACCUCUGUACAGCAGCCCCACCAGCCUGUGCUGAGCCAGCAGGAGCACAUGAAGCUGCUCUCUGAUCAGCUAACUCUGGAAGCCUCGCUCAUCAACCAAAUAGCAGACUCCUUAAAGAAUACAACCUCAGAUGUGUCUCAUGUUCUCCACGAACUUGCUCAAUCAGAAGAGUGGCUGCUGGAGGGAGAAGGUGUCACCAUCUCUUCUGGGGCUGCAGCAGAGGCCUGGGCCAAAAAGGUGCUGGUGGAUGGUGAGUUCUGGAGCCAGGUGGAAUCCCUGAGUCAGCGCCUAGGGACACUGGGAGAAGAGACAGCUGGCACAUCAGAAACUGGGCAACAACAUGUCCCCCAAGACCUGGCUGACACCACAUGGGUCCGGGCAGAGCUCAGCUUUGCCACACAAUUGGUGAGGGAGUCUUUCUACCGUAGGCUGCAGAGCGUCCAGGAGACCCUGCAGGGGACCCAGACAGCCCUACAACGGCACAAGUGUGUACUGGGGGAAAUCCUGGGAGCCUAUCAAACUCCAGACUUUGAGAGAGUGAUGCAGCAGGUUUUAGAAGCCCUUGGGAAUCCAGUGAGCAGUGAGGACAGUGUACAGACAUCCUGGGACCUGAGCCCAUUGGAAGUACUGAGACCAGGCCCAGAGGGCUCCCCAGAGUCCUUACACAUGCUCCGCCAGAGCCCUGGGACCCUUGUUGCGAUUCAGGAAGAGCUCGCUCAGCAGCUGAGGGAGAAGGCCAGUGUCCUUGAGGAGAUCGCUGCUGCCUUGCCAGCUCUGCCUCCCGCAGAGUCGCUCAGGGGUUGUCGGAGGCUUCUGCAGAUUUCCCAGAAUCUCUCAUAUGAUGCUUGUCUGGCAGGCCUUGGUCAGUAUUCUUCAUUACUGGUUCAAGAUGCAAUUAUUCAGGCUCAGGUGUGCUAUGCAGCCUGCAGAAUCCGGUUAGAGUAUGAAAAGGAGUUGCGGUUCUACAAGGAGUCCUGGCAGGCCAAGGGGGCCUCCUCCUGCCAGGAGCAGGCACAAGUGGUUGGGGCCCUGCGGGAAGAAUAUGAGGAACUCCUCCGCAAGCAGAAGAGCGAGUACCUGGAGGUGAUCACUCUCAUCGAAAGGGAGAAUGCUGAGCUCAAAGUCAAGGUGAGCCAGCUGGACCAUCAGCAGAGGUGUCUGGAAGAAGCAGAAAGCAAGCACAGUGAGAGCCUGUUUGCUCUGCAGGGCAGGUAUGAGGAGGAAAUCAGGUGUGUGGUGGAGCAGCUGAACCACACUGAGAACACGUUGCAGGCAGAACGCAGCCGUGUCCUGAGCCAGCUGGAUGCCUCAGUCAGAGACAAGCAGGACAUGGAGCGCCAGCAUGUGCAGCAGAUGCAGACACUGGAGGACAGGUUCCAGCUGAAGAUCAAGGAGCUCCAGGCCAUCCACGAGGAGGAGUUGAGGGCCCUGCAGGAACACUAUGCACAGAGCCUUCAGGAGACCCUCAGUCUCUGCCAGCGGCGGCACCCUGAAGCCCUGCCAGCCACCCCCCACUGCUGGCGACCUGAGCCCAGUGCUGCACAGCCACCUGAAGGGGAACCCGACUCCAUGAUGGGGCUGCGGGAGCGCAUCCAGGAGCUGGAGGCCCAGAUGGAUGUCAUGAGGGAAGAGCUGGGCCACAAGGAGCUGGAGGGUGAUGCAGCCACGUUGCGGGAGAAGUACCAGCGAGACUUUGAGAACCUCAAGGCUACAUGUGAGCGAGGCUUUGCCGCCAUGGAGGAGACACACCAGAAGAAGAUUGAAGACCUGCAGAGGCAGCACCAGAGGGAGCUAGAGAAGCUGAGGGAGGAGAAGGACCGCCUCCUGGCUGAGGAGACAGCAGCCACCAUCUCAGCCAUCGAAGCCAUGAAGAAUGCGCACCGGGAGGAAAUGGAGCGAGAGUUGGAGAAGAGCCAGCGCUCCCAAAUCAGCAGCAUUAACUCGGACAUUGAAGCCCUAAGACGGCAGUACCUGGAAGAGCUGCAGUCGGUACAGCGGGAGCUCGAGGUCCUCUCGGAGCAGUACUCACAGAAGUGCCUGGAGAACGCACACCUGGCCCAGGCACUGGAGGCCGAGCGGCAGGCCCUGAGGCAGUGCCAGCGUGAGAAUCAGGAGCUCAAUGCCCAUAACCAGGAGCUGAAUAACCGCUUGGCUGCCGAGAUCACACGGUUGCGAACAUUGCUGACCGGGGACGGUGGUGGGGAGGCCGCUGGGUCACCCCUCACCCAGGGCAAGGACGCCUAUGAGUUAGAGGUUUUGUUGCGGGUCAAAGAAUCAGAAAUACAGUAUCUGAAGCAGGAGAUCAGCUCUCUCAAGGAUGAGCUCCAAACAGCACUUCGGGACAAGAAGUACGCAAGUGACAAGUACAAAGACAUCUACACGGAGCUUAGCAUCGCAAAGGCCAAGGCAGACUGUGAUAUCAGCAGGUUGAAAGAGCAGCUAAAAGCAGCCACAGAAGCACUGGGUGAGAAAUCCCCCGAGAGCACCACUGUGUCAGGAUAUGACAUAAUGAAAUCUAAAAGCAACCCUGAUUUCCUGAAGAAAGACAGAUCCUGUGUCACCCGGCAACUCAGAAACAUCAGGUCCAAGUCCGUAAUUGAGCAGGUCUCAUGGGAUAACUGACUCGCGCCCGCUUCCAGGUCCCCUGUCGUGUAGAGUCUAAAGGAAGGCCUGACAGUGCAGGAGCGCUUGAAGCUCUUUGAAUCCAGGGACUUGAAGAAAGACUAGCUGCGUCCCCGGUCUACUCGACAUGCACCCUUCCUGGCUGGCAGCGGCACAACCCAAGCGUGGCUUCUUUGUCUGCACCUUUUGUUUUUUUGUUGUUAUUGUCAUCAUUUAACUGGGUAUUGGAUGCAUGAGAGACUGGUAUAUGGGUUGCCGCACCAUUCCCUGCUGUGUUGAUUUUGACUUCCUGUUGUUUUUAUCACAGCUUUUUUUCCAUGAUAUUCUUAAAUUAGUCAAGCUCAAGCAGUGGGGUAGGGAGGACUGCCCUGUCCAGCGCUGAGCAAACCCCUCCCACUGUCCCACGGCACUCACUGUCAGUAUUAAGGCGCAGCAGCCUGUUAAUAAGCUAGCCCUGCCUCGGAACGCAGGUGUGGGAACCUGCCUGCAGCUCUGCUCUUCUGCACAUGGCCAAUGUGAUCAGAUGGAUGCAGUCCCUGUCUGUCAGAGCAGAGCUGAGCCACCCUGCCAUUCUGGUCUGGUGUGGACCACAGCAGGAACUUACCUGCCUGGUUGCUAGAGGAGGAGGUGGCCUGGGGCAAGGGGAACAGCCUGCAUGCACUGCCUUUUUGGCCUGUGAGGAAGACAGCAUUUUGUAUUUGUUCCACUAAUGCAGCUUAGAGCCACGCCCCAGAUAAUCCUGGCAAACCUUUCACAACCUGGAAAAUGUUGAAAGCAACCAUUCGUAUUUUUGUUUGUUUUUUUAUUAAAUCUUGCACAAAACCCCCGGCCCCUCUCAUUCCUUCCUCCGCCUGUGCCUCCCCUGCUCUGCAGUAACUCCAGUCUUCCUACUGCUGGGAUUGGUGGCCUGCAGCCUGGGGCUUUAGACUCGGUUUUGCCAGAAGUGAGGGGUUCCCUCUGGGAGUCAUCCAAAGGGGGAAAGGUUACUGGGUUUUUGGUUUGUUUUUUUAAUUUAUUUAUUUUUCUGAAACUGUCAUGUUGUUUUUGAAAAGACUAAGGAGACACCAUGCAAAGCAGGAUGCAAUGAGACCGGCCAGCAGGCCAUGCUCAGGACUCUGAUUGAUCAGAGUUCUGAAAGUUCCCUUAUAGUGUUUGCCUCUGGUAGAGCCUGGUUAAAAUGAACCUGUGCUAACAAGUUUGCCUUCCUAACUGUCUGACCAGGGCCACAACCUCUGCACACUUCCUGAAACUCUGUUACUUUGAGGUUUCUGUUCUGGUCCAGUUCAGACCAUAAGAUGUGCAUAUUGAGGAGCCCCAGUUCCCAGGUUCAUUGGCUCCAUGGCCAGGAGGUCUGCUUUGUGCUGAGGCUUGAGUUGGCCAGAUUGUCUCUGGGCACACUCAUGCUUUAGGGGGUAAAAACUUAGAAAUUCCUUGUCAGCCUCUAGAUUAGUUGAUGCUCAAGGUCAUCCAGGCUUCUGAUUGGCCCCAGUGGGUAGACAGGCAGGACAAAGGCCCUGAGAUGGGAUGGCUUAUGACACACCAGUUGCCGUCCUCACUGGGAUGCACAAGCUUUGAACCGUUCUCAUAUCUGUUGGAAGAGAAAAUUUGGUCUGUGUAAAAAUUUACAUAUCACACCAACAGCGCUUUGAGAAAUGACAGCACAGGAAUAUGCAGGAGACUGGACAACUGUCCCCCAGAUACCAGUAGGGCAUGCUGUGCCUGGUCUCCAGUUCUGUGAUUUCACGUUCUUAAACACUACUGCCCUCCCCGCUUGAACAUGGUUUAUGGUUCCUUUGUGACUGUCUUUCUGCCCCUGGGACCCUCUGGCCAAGCUGUAGGCAGCUCCCUACCCUCUGCCCUCUUCCCUGGUGCUGCUGGGAGACAGGCUUCUCUUGUCUUCAGGCCAGCAGUGCUUUGAAUAAAAGCAGGUUUACCCACAGGUCAAAAGCAUCUUAUCUGUUCUUCAUCACUUCUCUAUCCUUUGAGGCUGAACCUGGCAACCCUAUAAAAUGAACUUGCUGAGUAUGUGGGGGUGGGAGGUGUUCAGAUGAGUUGGGCACUGCUCAUCCUCCUGGCAAGGGUCCCAUAUUUGUCACAGGACAACAAACUCACUGCCCCAGGGCUGGUUUGGUGUAUGAGUAUUAGCAGAAAAUAACCUGGAUGCUGAGCAGAGAGAGGGUAAGGAAGUCCCCCUGCAGCCUCCCCACCACAGCCUGCACCUGCCCAGGCAUUUCUGAGCAUGGACACCUAGGGACAGAUCCUGCCUAGUCUUCAGUUUCCUGCUUGUGGGUUCUGUCCUUUGGGCAGAGUGAACCAGGCAAGAAAGAGAAAGAUGAUGUUCUUGUUCCCCCAGUAUGCCCCAAGAUGCUUGGCAGUGUCCUCCCUGCAGGUAUUCAUUCCAUCGCCUGGCAAGGAAAUGAGGCAGGUGUGUUCCAGAGGGAGGAGGAAUGAGAUGGGCAUGUGAAGGUGGUGUGUGGUGGCAGGGCUGCUCAGGCAGCAGAGGCUAUGGACAGGGUGAUGUAGGUGUCUGGGAGCCUCAGGCUGCUUCCAGCACAAACAGUGGCAAGUUUCCCUGCUGCACAGUGAGGAAAAUGUUGAAAUGGGUGGGUUUAAGUUCUGAUCAUUUUCCUAUUAAUGCUCAUUUGUAAUCUGCCAGCACCUGCAAGCCAUGCCAGGCAUGGGAAAACCACUUCCCAUAUAGAUGUCACAGCUGUUAUGACAUCUAUAUGCUACAUCAUGUGCCUAUGUCAACACCCAUGAAUGCACACACACAUAAGAAUCAUCUUAUGUUAGUUAAGUUACCACUGUGAUGGACAGCACCCAGCAGGAGAGAGGUGCUGGCUGCAGCCUCCUUGAUGCAUUAUGCUGACUGGGGCCCAAAUAGGAAGCUGCAGGAAACCCAAAGGAAGCCUGGGUCCAGGUGAAGCAAGGAAUGUCCUAGAUAGGUGAGGGAAGUGGCUUGGGAACAUGUGGGUUCAUUAAGCAAGAGCUGAAAUGAAGUCAGCUGAACCUCUACCAGAUCCAGCAGUAUAAGGGAGAAGAGCACACAGAAACAGGUACACACUGUGGGACUGUUGACCCACAGACUCAGAAAGACUAGGGAGGAAAUUGCAGUUUUUUAAGAAUAAUGAACUGGGCAGGGGUGGACAUGCCUGUGAUCCUAGCUACUUGGGGGCCUGAGACAGGAAGAUUAUGGAUUUGAGGCCAGCAUGGACCCUGUCUCUAAAUAAAAAUGGGUUGGGGUAUGACUCAGUGGUAGAGAAGCUACCUAGCAUGUGUGAGGCCCAGGGUUUAAUACCCAGCCCCUCAAAAAAAGAAUACAGUUAUGAAACUCAAGAGUUCUGAGAAGGAACAGGAAGGAAUCCAGACAGAUCCAGCCAGGAGACAAAACUGAUGGCAGACAUUUGGUGGAAAGUACGUGCUGUCAUUCAUUUCCUUUCCCACAGAGGGGGACUGCACACUGGCUUUUACCCACAUGGGAAUGUGCUGAGAAUUGAGCACAUUCCUGUUCACCACCAAUGCCUAGCUGUCUCCAAGGGAGGUGGCUGGGCACUUGAUGGAUAUUGGCUUGCACAUCUGCAGUGCCGUGGACCAGGAUUCUCCUGCCCAGGUUGGGUGUGUGGGCACAUCCCCCACACCAACAAGCAGCCUUCCUCUUCUGGCUUCCAACCAUCCCCUGGUUCCCAAGACCAGGGCUGGAUGAGCACCCCAGGACCCCAUGGAGCGUGAUGUCAGAAUGUGCCUUCAUGUGCACAUCCGAUACAAGCCACAUGGUGGUGAUCCCACUCCACUCCUUGCCUGGAACUUGCAACAAGGUGUGCUUCCCUGCAGCCAGGAGGCACAGCUAACACCUCUGGGCCUAGGCACACCUGCUGGAAGAGGGGACAUAGGCCAAUAUGUAUUUGCCUGCCAUGCUGAAGACAUUGCCCACCACUCUGCAAACAAGUGUCUCAGGCGUCCUAGCUUCUCUAUGAACAGGGCGUCCUUCUCAACUCCUACUGGACUGACUGGAGCAGGGAAGUCAGUAGCUCAAAACCACAGCACAUGGAGAUAGGGACAAGGGUGAAGGUCACAGGAGCUUGGUGCAGUGAGGACUGCACGGAAGUUGCUGCAUUGUAUGCUGUGUGGCUCGCUGCCACUUGGGCUCAUUUUUCUCAGACUACAGGGCAAGCAAUGUAAAAUUGCUGAGAAACGACUGCAGGAAUUUUUGUGAAAAGUUUGGAUUUUUAAACAACUUGUCUGGACGCCUCUUUUUUUUAAGAUGGGAAGGACAGUGUUGGGGGCUGUGUUGAGCCACACCCAGUCCUGGAAGAACAUGAUUUGAUGACUCAUACCUGCAUAAAAGCCUUGGUCAUUUAACAAAAGUUUUAAGAACUGUGUAUAGUAGCUAAAGUAACCCCUUGUCACACCAUACCUUGUUUUUCAUUGGAAGCAUUCUGUAAUAACCUGCUCUUAUAGAGCCACUCAGACACCUCAAGUAAAAGUAGGAAAAUGAGGGAAAAAGAGUUGUCUUGACCAGGCCGUCUUUCAUACAGACUUUAGACUUCUCAUUGGAGGAACCGUGGCUGAAGGCACACGGCUACUGGGAGUCUUGGGGCCUGGUUUCUGACAGCUUUCAGGACUGUUCAUGGGAAGGACUCUGUGCAUAGCACCUGAGACACCUGGAUCCCCAACUACCUAGCUGUAGUGUGUAUCACUGUGGCAGUCACAAAGCCUCCAGUGUGUAUUUCUGUGACUUUGGUAAGGAGAUACUUGGUCAAGGGAGAGUCAAAAAUUGUACGGUCCAGUACUCUAGAACCUAGAAGACACUGCAGUGUCCUGUGGUUCACCAGUGAGCUUAGGUCUAGGCUUCCAUGGUGGGCAGGGGCCUUCCCAAAUUCACCAUAAAGAAUUUUUGGGAAAUAGUUGUCAUUGGAUCCAGCCUACUGUAGUCAACAUGCCCGCAAUUCUCUUCCCUUUAGAAGAUAGUCAUAUCACCUAUCUAGUUUUAUUUUAGCUAGAAUUAAAUUGUAAAGAACACUAAAUUCACUAUUGUGUUAUGUUUCUAUCACAAAACCUUAAUUAAAAGGAUUUUGGGAUUUUCCUUUGGUAUUAAUAACUUAUCUACACAGCCUUAAUGCUAGGACUCAAAACCAGUUCCAUGACAAUAGUGCUUUUCCUGAGGUGAUACUUAUUGUAUGUAAAGUAUCCCAGUGGCUCCUCACAGAACUCUCAGUGACCUUCUCACACUACCCCUCUAUCAGCUCAGCUGUCAGACAAAACAGACUGCCCAGCUGUGGAGGUGGGGCUGGGCCAAGGACCAUUCCUGGCUGCUGCCAACCGUCUGGUGACAACCCACAGAACCACUUCUGCUACUUAUUCAGUAGUGAAGAUAAAUAGCUCAUACCGUCUUAGCUCGUGUUUGUGUUCUGGCACAAAAUUAUUUUGGUUGCCAGACUAGAAGUUAUGUGCAAAAGAAAAAGUCUGAUGAGCCAGAGAGGUACUUGAGCAACAGCUUCCUCAGCUAGGUUAGGUCUCAGGCCUGAGAAGUCCCUGGAACCGAGUGCCCAGGGUGGUAGCUUUCCACUAUACACAACCACCUGAGCAGGGCUCCUGCCCCUACUCACACUCCAGUUCUGGGCUUCCCCGCCCCCCGCAGUACUGGGGUUUGAACUUGAGCCACUCCA